AUGCCGGCUUCGGACGCGCCGCCCGCGCCCACCGCGCCACCCCCCGACCCGCCUGCCACCACCAACAAUCAGUCCCAGAAAACCCGUUCACUAGUGGUGUCCUUGACUCCGCCCCGGGAGCGCGAGACCUGGGCCAAGAAGGCGGAGUUCCUGCUGGCUGUGGUGGGGUUCGCGGUGGACCUCGGCAAUGUCUGGCGGUUUCCCUACAUCUGCUAUCAAAAUGGCGGCGGUGCGUUCCUCAUCCCUUACUGUGUGAUGCUGCUGUUCGGCGGGAUGCCGUUAUUCUUCAUGGAGUUGGCGCUGGGCCAAUACCAUCGCUGCGGCUGUCUCACGCUGUGGAAGAGGAUCUGUCCCGCGCUGAAGGGCGUCGGCUACGCAAUCUGCAUGAUCGACAUCUACAUGGGCAUGUACUACAACACGAUCAUCGGUUGGGCGGUGUACUACCUGGUGGCUUCCAUCUCCUCCAUCAACUCCGUGCUGCCCUGGACCAGCUGCAACAACGAGUGGAACACUCCGCUCUGCACACCAGUUACAUCUCCUCAGAUCAAUCCUAAUGCUUCCACACCUGCUAAGGAGUUCUUUGAACGCAACGUGUUGGAGCAACAUAAAUCUAAUGGGCUGGACUACAUGGGUCCUAUCAAGCCGUCGCUGGCAGUCUGUGUGUUCGGGGUCUUUGUUCUCGUCUACUUCUCCCUGUGGAAGGGAGUCAGGAGUGCUGGCAAGGUGGUAUGGGUGACUGCACUGGCUCCGUAUGCUGUGCUGCUGAUUCUGCUGGCGCGAGGAGUGACGCUACCGGGAGCUACGGAGGGCAUCCGAUAUUACCUCACCCCGGAGUGGCACAAGCUGCAGAACUCGAAGGUGUGGAUAGACGCAGCCUCUCAAAUCUUCUUCUCGCUGGGUCCCGGGUUCGGCACCCUACUGGCGCUGUCCAGCUACAAUAAGUUUAACAACAAUUGCUACCGGGAUGCUCUCAUCACGUCAUCUAUCAACUGCCUCACCAGUUUCCUCGCUGGCUUCGUCAUAUUUUCCGUUUUGGGGUAUAUGGCACACGUUCAAAAUAAGAGCAUCGAGGAGGUAGGUCUGGAAGGUCCGGGGCUGGUGUUCAUCGUGUACCCUGAAGCCAUCGCCACCAUGACCGGCUCCGUCUUCUGGGCCAUCAUAUUCUUCCUGAUGCUUAUCACACUUGGAUUGGAUAGCACCUUUGGAGGUCUGGAGGCUGUAACUACGGCUCUGUGUGACGAAUACCCUCGUGUGUUGGGCCGACACCGAGAAGCAUUCGUAGCUGUACUUCUGCUGUUCAUCUACAUCUGUGCCCUGCCAACUACCACCUAUGGAGGAGUGUAUCUGGUGGAUCUCCUGAACGUGUACGGUCCAGGACUAGCGAUUUUAUUCGUGGUGUUCGCGGAGGCAGCUGGCGUCUGCUGGGUGUACGGAGUGGACCGGUUCUCCGAGGACGUAAGGACAAUGUUGGGCCACACGCCUGGGUGGUUCUGGAGGGCUUGCUGGUCUUAUAUCAGCCCAGUGUUCUUGCUGGUGCUGUUCAUAGUCUCAGUGCUGGCCCACGAGGAGAUGCUGGGCGGGGAGUAUGCGUACCCUCCCUGGUCCAUCACCGUCGGCUGGGUAAUGACCGGCACCACUGUCUCCUGCAUCCCUCUCUACAUUCUAUACAAGUUUAUCAUCACGCCUGGCGGAUUCCUUCACCGCAUCAAAACCAUAAAGCGGCCCGAAGUGGUGUCGAUACCGCCAUCAGACCCCACUCUGUGCAGCCUGUGA